GCAAUAUUCGGACGGCCGGGCCAUGGCGUAGCGCCGGCGGCCGUUUGGUUACUCGGCGCCGCGGGUGGUAGCGAAGAUGUUUAAACGGGCUGGACUUUACGGCGCCGCGGACAGCCCGUGUCCAGUAGAAAAAAAGCCUUACCCAACUGGUCCAUUAACCAGAUCCAGCCACCAUAGGAGUCUAGGGUUCGUUCCUUUGGCCUCUGCUUGUCGGAAGUCGGAACAAGACACUCCCGUACCGGCACGCCAUCGGGCUUCCUCUCGCUGCCGCGUAUGGUUCUAUGAUUCUAUCGGGUUUGUCUCGUCGAUUUCUUGUGCUUCCAGGGGCAGUCGCUUUUUCUUAAAGAGAGGUGUUCAAAUCAUAUUCCAUUUUCUAUACAGUUGUGGAAGGCUGGGCAAUUGGAAAUGGAAGUAGACACAGUGAAGGAUGUAUUUGAUCGUGUCGUGAAAAAGCAGAAGCUUAAAUCCUCAAAGACUAUAGAUCUGGUGAACCAUGUGGAGAAAGAAAUUGACCAGGCCAUCAAAGCUAUCCAGGGAAACGGCACAGAAGGGGAUUCUGCAGCAAACAUGACCCAUGAAAUUCUUCUUAAUCUGAAGAAUAAGCUGAAAGAGAUGGCCCCAACGAAGCAACUCAAAAGCUGCCAGAAAGAAAUGAACACUGCUCUCAGCACGUGGGUCAAGACCACAGAGAAACUCUUCAUCCACGACAUUUCAAAAGCUUAUAGGAAUGUGGACAUGGAACCAAAUGUACUGAAUGAACUUAUUGCAAACCAUCUAUAUCGUGAGGCGUUGUUUGACAUUGGUGAUAGCUUUAUUGGAGAGGCCAGUUGCACAGCAUCUUUGAAGCUGAAACAACUGUUUCAGAAUAUGUAUGAGAUUCACGGUGCAUUGAAGGCUGGGAAGCCUGAGCUAGCUCUGAGUUGGGCAAUGAAGAAUCAUGACGCUCUUUUGCAAAACAGUUACUGUCUUGAGCUGAAGCUUCACCAGUUCCAGUUUGUUGACAUGCUUAAACAAGGAAACCGAGAUCAAGCUCUGCAGUAUGCUAGGGCAUACCUGGCUCCCUUUGCUACCACACGCAAGGAAGAGAUCCAGAGGUUGAUAGCCUCCAUACUAUGGGCCGGGCGUCUUGAUCAGUCGCCAUAUACCGAGUUCUUGUCACCAACAAACUGGGAGAUGCUAGCCGAAGAGUUUGCUCAACAGUUCUGCAAUCUAAUCGGUCAAUCCUCCACAGAUCCUAUGGGUACGGCGGUGUCAGUUGGAGCUGAAGUAUUGCCGAUUCUUAUUAAACUUAUGACUGUAGUAACUGCCAAGAGAGACUGGCAUUCUAUGAAGCAAUUUCCUUUCCCACUGGACCUUCGUAGCGAGUUUCAGUUCCACUCAGUGUUUGUCUGCCCUGUGCUCCGCGAUCAAGGAGGUGAUGGUAACGCACCGAUGCUUCUGCCUUGUGGGCAUGUCUUGUCGAAGCAGUCAACACUAAAGUUGUCAAAGAACAGCUCCCGAUCUUUCAAGUGUCCGUACUGCCCGUUUGAAGCGAUGACAUCCGGCUGUAAGCAGCUUUAUUUGUGAUCAGAAAUGAGGAAUCUUUAAUAUACGCUUGGGCAUUUUAGUGCAGUGGUCUUUGUUGUCUCUCCUCCUACACAGUCACACAGAGUGCCUUGUUUAUCACCUCUCCGAUAAUCUCACAUGGUUGAGAUUUGCGAAGGCAGCCCUGUACUGUAUGUGCUUAAUUGCUCGUGUGUGGUAUAUAAUAUAGUACUCCCUCCGUUCCAUAAUUCUUGUCGAAAUCUUACAUGUAUCUAGACACUUUUUAUGAAUAGAUGCAUCCAUUCUUGAGCAAAUUUGAGACAAGAAUUAUGGAACGGAGGGAGUAUGAAACAAACAUCAGGAACAUGCUGGAAGAUUUUGUUUUGUGAGUUUAAGGUGCCAAUGAAAAUUUUAUGAUGUGA